CUUUAUUUAAAGAAUAUCUACUUUAAAAUAUUGGAAUUCAUUAAUAUGUAAUAUGAUCAAUUAAAUGGGCUUCGGCCUAUCAUACCAGUUUUUGUGAUUAGCCUUUGAUAAGAUGACCGGCUUAAUAUACGCACGUAUGCACAAUUGCUCACAUGUCAUGUUGACGUACAAUUGCACAUGGUUCAUGUAUGCAUUCGCACAAGAGAGUUGUGAGGCUGUGAAGUAAACAUCGGUGUAUACUGCAUGUACAUAAGUGUAUAUGUAUAUAUAUAUCUAUAUAUGUGUGCUUCGUGUCCCAUUGAUCAUGUUCACGUUUUACAAGACAUGUUUCUUUUCCCGGCCUGCCAUAUUUCUAGGGCUACAAGCGAUAACAGUAGAUAUUUCAGUCCGCUUUUUUUCAAGAAGACAAUUUCAGCCGAACUGGAGUUUCAACUUGAUUGCUAAGAGCAAUAUUCAGAUUUUGCAGUAUUAUUUUAGUUGGAAACAUAAUUACGGAACCAUGAGCAAUGAUAUUUCAUUAUAUACGUUGCCAAAUAAUCAACCAGUCGUGUUUUUAGAAUGCACGACUGCAUUUAAUGCCCUAACUGUCAAGGAGAAACUCUAUGCUCACUAUCUGAGUAAGGCUACAUGGAAUGGCAGUCUCAUUACUUUCAUACAAACUUCACCAGAGUCGCCUUUAUUAUUUGCUCUUCUCCAUAAGAUCUUCCUAGCCGAGACAGUAGAGAGUUUGAAGACUUCUGCACUGGCCGUUGGUAUUUCUGAAGAUGAAUUCACUGCAUUUUUAGUCUAUGCGAAUGGAUUUCUAUCAAAUGCUGGAAAUUAUAAAUCAUUUGGUGACAGCAAAAUAAUUCCAAACAUGCCCAAAAGCAAGUUCGAAGACAUAGUGAAAGCAUCUGCUGCUUAUAAACAGCAACCCAUACAUUUGCAGUCUAUUUGGGAUAAAAUAAAAGAACUAACUUUCUCAGUAGAAGGAAAACUCAAAACAUUGGGGCUAGGAGACAAGGGUAUAACGACAUAUUUUUCUUCAAAUUGCACAGCAAAGGAUGCAGAUCUCGUUAACGAAUUUAUGCAACAGAAAGGACUGGAGUCCUAUAAUACACGGUGCUUUAAGACAUCAGAAGAUCGUAUUGACGUCUAUGAAAUUAGACUAGCAUCUAUAGAUCUUGGCAUGGAUCCAAAAGUAACUCUGCCUGAGGAGACUUUCAAAGGAGCUAAAUUUAAAAUGAUGAGAGGAGACUACAGUACAUUGCUAAAGCUAGUCGUCGAAAACCUUGAAAAAGCUUCGGAAUAUGCAGCAAACGACAAUGAAAAAAAUAUGUUGAAAAGGUAUAUCCUCCACUUCAAAACUGGUUCCCUUGACGAGCAUAAAAAUGGAUCUCGAUUUUGGAUUAAAGACAAAUCACCUGUUAUAGAGACGUACAUCGGUUUCAUUGAAAAUUACAGAGAUCCAGCCGGCCAACGUGGAGAAUUUGAAGGUUUCGUGGCAAUGGUAAAUAAGGAGAUGUCUAAAAAAUUCUCUGAUUUAGUAAACAAAGCAGAGGAACUUUUACCUAGGCUGCCUUGGGGUCGAGACUUCGAGAAAGACGAAUUCCUAAGACCGGAUUUCACUUCCUUGGAUGUACUCACCUUCGGUGGGUCAGGCAUUCCAUCUGGAAUAAACAUUCCAAACUACGAUGAAAUUAGGCAGUCGGAAGGCUUCAAGAAUGUUUCCUUAGGAAACGUCAUUCCUGCUAAUAUGAAGGUAGAUGUGUUGCCAUUCUUGUCUGAUGAAGAUCAGCAACUGAUGAAUAAGUAUCGAGUCGCGAGUUUCGAAGUUCAAGUCGGUCUCCACGAACUCCUCGGCCACGGAAGUGGAAAAUUGUUACGAAAAGUAGAUGCGGAUUCUUUUAAUUUUGAUCAAAGCAAGAUGAUAAACCCACUCACGGACAAACCGAUCGAGAAAUACUUCCUGAAAGGGGAAACUUAUGAUUCGAUAUUCGGUUCUAUGGGCUCCAGCUAUGAAGAAUGCAGAGCCGAAGCGGUUGGACUUUAUUUGAGCCUGGACAAAGAUGUUCUAAAGAUCUUCGGUCAUUCAGAGAAUGGGGCUGAUGACAUCACCUACGUAAAUUGGCUUUCACUAAUAUGGGCUGGCUGUGCUAAGGCUCUUGAAAUGUAUGAGCCGUCGACGAAGGCAUGGCUGCAAUCGCACUCACAAGCUAGAUAUGUUCUUAUGAGAGUAUGCCUGGAGGCUGGUGAAGACUUUGUGAAAAUCGAGGAAACAGCACCAGGAACUAAUUUGAGGUUAACAGUAAAUAGAAGUAAACUUAAUACAGUUGGCAGGAGAGCGGUGGGCGAGUUUUUGAAAAAGUUGCAGAUUUACAAGAGUACUGCAGAUUACGAAGAGGCUAAGAAAAUGUACCAUAAAUAUAGUGAUGUACCCGAUUCUGGUCCGCAGCCAUGGGCAAAAUGGAGGGAUAUAGUUCUGGCGCAUAAACAACCCAGGAAAAUAUUUGUGCAGUCAAAUACAAUAGUCGAUGGAGAUCAAGCUACUAAUGUGAUUUUAAGAAAUUAUGAACCAACUUUUGAUGGAUUGGUUAAUUCGUGGGUAGAGCGAUUUCCUACACCAGACGUUUCUGAAAUCUUAGUUGAACUCUGGAAUAAGGAUGCGCGGCAUUUCGAUAUGGAAGAAAUAAAAAAAUAGUAAAAGCGCGAUUUUUGUACAUGGAGAUUUGAAUGUUCAAAAUUAUAAGAGAGUAUACCUAAUGUUGUGCAAGAGGACUAUAGCUUUUGGAUUAAAUCAAACAUUUACAUUA